AUGGAUGACAGACAUGUCAAUAGUGAACUUCAGUUUAUCAUUUUCAGGAAUGCCCUGAAGGGUUUUGAACACUUGAUUGAACGUACAAUAGCACAAAAGAGAGAUGAAAGAGCAGGCCUGGUUGUUCCAAAAGAAGAUGUGCUUGAUUAUGACAAGUUUUAUGCAGAAGUACAGGAACUCUUUGGCCCAGAAGUAAAAAAUCAAGAUGUAAAAUGUUAUUACCGAAAACUCUGCAACAAGCCUGAUGCCGGGAUAGAUUGGUGUGAGAUCUUUGGAUACUAUUCAUCUAGUGAAGGUUAUUUUACUACUCAGAUAGAUGAAGAAAAUUCAGUGUUUUUUGUUUCUAAAAAAGAACAAGUUGUGAUUCCAGGUAAAAACAGAAGACGAGAUGUGAUUAAGUGCAUUGUCAAGAUUCCUCAGCUAGAUUUACUAAUAGCAGCAUCUCAUAAAGGAUUAAUAACAGUGUUUAAUAACCAGAUGAGAGUUCAGGCCAGCACCGGUGUUACAGAUACCUCCUGGAUUACAGGAUGUGAUUACCUCUCACAGCUGAAACGUGUUGUUGCCAUUACAGAAAGGACUAUUAUUGUCUGGGAUUAUAAAGCUCAAGGGGGAAAUCAGGAAAACUCUUUCAUCAUUAAGCCUAUGGAUCACUGCCUUCUCUGCGUUUGUACUGUGCCAGUGACUGACCAAUUGUGCCAAGAUGACAUUCUGUUGGGGGAUGAUGGUGGUUUUGUUAGCAAAUACACAGUAAAUAGUGAUGAUUUUGGAUUAAAACAGGCAAAAUCCAAAAAGAGAUCACAAAACCAGGUUUUAGAACUCAAAGAACUUAAAAGUAUUAAAAGGAAGCUACAUAAUGACGGGUUUAUGAAAAUUAAGUAUAUUUCAUCCCUGAAGUGUUUUGGAUCCUGCUCUUUAGAUAGCGUUCAUUCAUUAGUUGUAGAAACUUUGAAGAGAUUGGAGGAUAAUUUGCCUGUCAGAGAGUUUUCUAUGCCAAGAGGAGCAAACAACUUUUGUUAUUGUUUAAAAGCAAAUGUCAUUGUUACAGGAGGAGAUGAUAAAGUUCUCCGGUUGUGGCACCCCAAUAUCAGUACUAAACCUGUGGGGAAACUUGUGGGGCACAUGUUCAGUAUCACGGAUGUUGUAAUAAAUGAGAAAGAACAACACGUUAUCAGCCUUUCCUCAGCAAAGGUUUUUAGGGUAUGGGAUAUACAAACACUUUCAUUACUACAAGUCUUCCAUGACAGUCAAGGAGGACCAGGAGACAUGCAGAUCUAUUCUAUGAUAUAUGAUUCCAAUCAUGGCAUGCUCAUUACUGGAUCUAGUGUCAUAAACAUGUAUCCUUUGACAAGGAUGAUACAAGAUACAAAGCAAGUCCCUCAUUCUCAUGAACGAGAAAUCAAUGCCAUGCUUUAUAACAAAUAUUUUCACCAAAUACUCACUAUCUGCUCUGAGUCUAUAAUUAAAGUAUGGGAACUUGAAACAGGCCUCCAAAUAUACAAUAUUUUAAAACCUCAUGGCUUAAAUGUUGAACUGACUUGUGCAGAUAUUAAUGAAAGUGGAUUUCUUUUCGCCACAGGAGCAUAUAAUGGAACAGUUAAAAUUUGGGAUUUUGGCAGUGGGCAAGAGAUGAAAGUGUUGCCAAAAGGAAAAGACUGGAAAGAAGAAGAACACUCUUUGAAAUGUCUGAUUUUCCUGAAAGCCCAGGAAAAGAACAAAUACUUGAUUCUCACCUUAGGGCACAGCGGAAAGAUACAAAUGGUCCAGGGUAAAGAAGAAGAGAUUUAUCUUGUGGUGAUAUGGGAGCUGCCUGAUGUCAUGCCUAUCCUGCUACAUGAAAAUCAUACUAUACAAAUGAAGACACAUGCUAAGGACAAGAACACAAAUAUUGCCUUUCCUGGUGUUGAGUUGAUACUUGAGAAAAGUUUUUCUAAUAAUAUUACUAAUGAUAUGGAAGUGAACUGCAUAGAUUUAUUACAAGUCGAAGGAUAUAACUUAAUAGUAACUGGCACUUUAAAUGGAGUUAUUAUCUUAUGGAAUUUUGUAACAAAUACUGUCAAAGAAGUGUAUAGACCUGAAGAUAGCUUCAUCUUGAACCCUGACUUGGAUCCCAAAUGCUUUAGAAUUAAUGACAUACUGUUCUUGUUUCGUAGUCCUGAAUGUGCAAGGAGAAUAAGUCAGGAAUCUGUAGGCUCUUCAUCCCAAUAUGAGUCAAGCAAAGGUCCACAAAGCAGCAAGGGAAGCAAACAGAGCAUACAUGAAAAUGAGGCUAAAGAUGAACAUAAAUCUUCCAUGAUGGGAGAUCAACAGCUAAUAUAUGAUAACACUCCUGGAGUCAUCAAUUUAGAUACUCGGCCACCUCUUCUCAUCACUGCACAUGAGGAUGGGCACCUUCGCUUAUGGACCAUGGAGGGAAAAUUACUGAAAAAUUCGCUACCUUUCACAAAGCAUUCUGCCAUAUCUCUGACAUGUCUAUGUAUUGAUUCAUGUGCUAAGAUACUACUGACUGGAAAUAUGGAAGGACAUGUUAUUCUUUACAAUAUUGGUUCAUUCCUGGAUCUACCUUAUGAGGAAAAGAAAUUCAAGCAACUUCUUGCCUGGCGUGCUCAUUCUUUGGAAAUAAUUCAAAUAACCUAUGAAGAAGAAAAACAGUUAGUCAUUACUGCUUCCAUUGAUGGCUCAGUAAGGCUCUGGCAUGCCUUCAAUGGCCAUUACUGUGGAUACUUUGGACAGAGAAGAAAUUUUGACCUAUCGCCAACACAUGAUUUUAUAUUGCCUUUUGAUAUUAAUGAAUAUCCAAUAGAAAUAAAGGAAGAAAGCAAGUUCACAAAAAAGCAAACCUAUGAAUAUCCUUUGAUAUUUGACAAGCAAAGAUGGAAAAGAAUGAGCUCAAUGUCUUUGCUUUUUAAACGUGCACCCCCCAAGGCUUUUGAAGUAGAGCAUAAUUUUAAGUUCUUCAAGUCUCUUUCUUCAUCCAAGACACAAAGACAUCCAUUGGAGGGUUUCAUAUCAGAAAACAAAGAGACAGGGAUUGUUUUUGGUUCUCUGCCUAUAUAUAGGGUGCCAAGCCCCACUAGUCUAAGAUUUCUUCCACUAAUAGGAUCUGAAGCACAGAAGGAUUCCUCGGAUUUAAUUCAUGAAAAAAGAAAAGGAGGUCAUGUGCAGCAUGAUAAAAGGAGGAGAAGCCUUAAAAAAAAUUUUAUCCCACAAAUAAAUCUGGCUGCUUCUUUUUUCCCACAUAUCAACAAAUGA